UCUCUCUCACAGAGAGCCUUCCUUCUUUAUAAAAUCUCCUCUCUCUCUCUCUUCGAACCAGAGAAAGGACUAUAGGAGAAUCUGUGCUUUCCGACAAAUGGCGGCUAGUACAUUCCACAAGUCUUCUUCUUGUCUUCUCCAACCCAAGCCCGGAUCAACCACACGCCUAGACCCUUCCUCUCUCGUCCAGCCCUGUCCGAAUCCGACCAGAGUUUCGGUGUUGGGGAAGAGUCGUAGAUAUGUCGUUACGAAAGCUUCGAUUGAAAUGUCGCAAUCGAACUCGACACCUUCUUCUUCCGUUGUUGUCAAUUCAUCUAGUAAGCAGCACAAGGGUGGUGGUCCCAUCAUCGUGAUUGAUAAUUACGACAGCUUCACCUACAAUCUCUGUCAGUAUCUGGGAGAGGUAGGAUGCCAUUUUGAAGUUUACCGCAACGACGAACUUACAGUAGAGGAGCUGAAAAGGAAAAAUCCAAGAGGGGUUCUGAUUUCUCCUGGGCCUGGUACCCCACAAGACUCUGGGAUUUCCUUGCAAACUGUUUUGGAACUUGGACCACAUGUUCCUUUGUUUGGAGUGUGUAUGGGUUUGCAGUGUAUAGGAGAAGCAUUUGGAGGAAAGAUCGUGCGGUCACCAUAUGGUGUAAUGCAUGGGAAAAGCUCUAUGGUUCACUAUGAUGAGAAAGGAGAAGAAGGCUUGUUCUCUGGUUUAUCCAACCCUUUCCUUGUAGGUAGAUAUCACAGCCUCGUGAUUGAGAAAGAUACGUUUCCCAGUGAUGAACUCGAGGUUACUGCGUGGACAGAAGAUGGUUUGGUUAUGGCAGCAAGACACAGGAAGCACAAGCAUAUACAGGGAGUUCAGUUUCAUCCGGAGAGUAUUAUAACAACGGAAGGCAAGACAAUUGUCCGCAAUUUCAUCAAACUUGUAGAGAAAAAAGAGGCUGAGAAGUUUACUUAGGGCUCUCCUCAAUCAGAAAACAUGAAGCUGUGUUCCUGUAAUAACGUUUGCCAAUGCAAAAUGUUCCUUGUCAUCUUCACAUUGUUUUUAUCAUAAAGUUUCGAUUGA